CUGCAGCUCAUGCACUGACCAGGGCUGAGGCCGGAGCUCAUGGGAGCGGCCUCACAAUGUCCAGGCGGUGCCGGCCACGGCCACUGUCCCAGUCCACCAUGCUGAGCCCCCUGUUGCUGCUGCUCGGCUUCGCCGUCCCGGCGCUGGGGGUCUACGUCUCGGUCAGCUGCCCCAGAGGCAAGCAGUGCCAGCGGGCCCUGCUCUCGGGCAACGACGUCCUGCUGCACUGCAACUCCCCGGGGGCGCACUGGCAUUACCUCUUCGCGCACGCCGGUGACCUGCCGCCCUUCAACAUCACCCACCUUUCCAACGUAGAGACCCUGCCCGAGGGCAGCCUGGUCAUCCGAGAGCCGUCGCCCUCCCAGACGGGCGUCUACAGCUGCCUGGACAAGAACGGCAGCCGAGUGGCACGGUACGACGUGGACUUCCAGGACGCCACCGUGCUGCACGUAACACACAGGGACCUGGGGCAGCAGCCCCUGGAGAACGGGUCUGUGCACCUGAACAGCAAGGAGCUCAUCUUCACCCUCUGGGAGCCCUGGCAGGACUGCAACCGCUGCGGGGAGCCGGGCGAGCGCAAGCGCCUGGGCUACUGCUACGUGCAGGAGCCCCUGGAGGAGCCCACGCCCUGCUGGCUCUACCUGGGGGAGGUGGACCUGUGGUCCAAUCGCAUGCGGCCUGAGCUGCAGGUGGAGUCCUGCCACGUCCAGUGCCAGCACAGGCCAUCCAUGGGGGUGGGGUACAUCACCUUUGACAGCUUCCAGCUCAACGAGGAGUCCGAGUCUGUGUGGCUCUCCUGCCCCUUAGGAUCCAUCUACAGGCCCGUCACCUGGGAAGCCGACGACACCCUCCUGACGUGGCAGAGCCAGCUCUCGGGCGAGGCCCUCAACACCUUCCUGGACCCCUCCACGGGCGGCAGGCAGCUGCAGGUCUUCCGGGCGGCCAUCUACCGGUGCUUCGUGCAGCAGGAGUUCAUGGCCCAGUUCAACCCCAAGUCCAGCCCGGAGGCUCUGGAGGCCCAGAGGGACGGGAGCGGGGCGCGGCCGCAGGUGGCCCCCGAGAUCCUGUGGUGGAAGGCGGGCUCCGUCCUCACGGGCCUGAAGCUGGCGCUGCUCGCGGGCACCCUGCUGGCCCUGGCGGGGCUGAUGCUCAGGUUCUGCCGCCCCUCCCAGGGCGCCAAGAGAGACUGCGUCGUGCUGGUGAAAUAAAGCAGCCCUCGGGCCCGCCUGCCGUC